AUGCAUAAAGUGCCCCAUAUAUGCAAUCAUUGCUCUCGUAGUUUCAAGCGCGCAGAGCACUUGACCCGUCACCUCCGCACUCACACGAGAGACAAGCCCUACAAGUGUUCUUGUGGAGCAGCUUACACCCGCCGCGACCUUCUUACCCGUCAUUGGCGACUCUCGCAGCAUGGCGGGGAAGCUGUUACAACCACGACGAAAUCAACAUCUGCAGACAGCAGAGGCACUCCGCAGCGUCUAGAUACAGCACAGUCGCAGCUCCUCACGUAUAAUGGAGUAACAAACACCAACCUGGGCUCAGAGAGUAUAUAUCACUCUAUGCGUGAGACAGACUACCCAACUUCUGUGACCAACCUGCAUCACACCCAGGUGCCCUUCAUCACUCAAGAGUCACAGCCUCAUACCUGUCACGAAGAAGGCAUACAGGACUUCCGCGAUUUUGUAAACUUCAUCGAUGGUGUGGGGCUGUCAGCGCAGUGGUCUCCUGAAUUCAGCUUCGACUGGUUGCAACCUGGAGAGCAGCACCCACAUCAACAGCAACAACGCCAGGAGUCAAGACGGCACUCUCAGGAACGAGAGAGAACCCGUUCGCCUGCGCCUGAGGACAUUGGCACACCGUUUAGUACUUGGCUGCCUUCAGCGCCCGCUGAUGAUCAGGUUCAUCUUCGGUCCCACUCGGGAGAUGAUGUUCGAGAGAAACGAAGCCGAAGCGGGACGUACAACGUGACUGACGACCACCGCAAUUUCCUAGUCUCGCUGCUGACCGGGUUUCCUGCGCCGAUAUCUGACUUCGAGAUACCCUCAAGGCACACCCUCACACGCUAUAUUACGGCCUUCUUUGGUGGUUUCCAUAGUCAUUUUCCCUACAUCCACCGGUCGACAUUCCAGCCUUCGUGCUCCCCUUUGGAGUUAACCUUAUCGAUGGCCGCAGCAGGAGCCCAAUAUUGCUUCGAGAAACGAAGUUCUGAACGCCUCUUUCGCGUCGCGAAAGCAAUUGUUUUUGAAAGACUUCGACAAGAAGAGUCAUACUUUGGACCGCAGACUCUAGGCUUGAUCGCCUCGAAUGAUAUGUAUACCCCUGAAGCGGUUCCUGCUACGCGACGCACUGGGCCGUGGGCUCCCCUUGAUAUGGCAAAAACGCUUCUUACGCUCGUAGGAUUUGCGACAUGGGAACGUAAGGAUCUGCUUCAACAAGCGUUCUGCCUUCGAGGUCUACUAGUACAGACUCUCCGCGACAUUGGUCUUCGUGAAGAGAGCGUCGGCAACACUGCGUCCACUUCAAAAUCGGCAAUGUGGGAUCAAUGGGUCCAACUAGAAUCCGCGCGACGUACGAAGCUGGUUGCUUUCUGCUACAUAAACGUGCACAGUAUUGCUUACAACAUCCAUCCUCUUCUCUGGAGCAGCGAGCUACAUCUAAAGCUACCUUGCUGCACUCCGCAAUGGCAAGCUUCGAGUGCAGCACAGUGGUUCGCUCUGCGACGAGAUAACAAAGAAGAGCAGAUGCCAUUCCAGCAAGCACUCUCGCUAUUGCUCCAGGGUCCCACGGGCAGCGAGACGGUCCGUCCCAUACCCAGUCCUAUCGGCAACUACAUUCUCCUCCACGCCAUACUCCAGCGUAUCCAUGUUGUGCGUGAGCUUUCCUUCCCCAUGACAUCGUCUACCAAGAUAUCAGCCUCGGAACUACAAACCGUCAGCCGCGCACUCCGCUCCUGGACCUCGCUCUGGCAACAAACCCCGGAGUCGAUCCUCGACCCCAACAAUGAAAGCGGGCCCAUCCCAUUCACCUCGAGCGCCCUCCUAGUCGUCGCCUAUGUACGUCUGUCGCUCGACAUCGGGCAGUACCGCUACUUGGAUUCACGCGAUCCUACCACGAUAGCCGCGGGGCUCGCGCAGCUGCCAGACAUCGAGCGCAACGACAAUCUGCUCUCCGCGCUCCUGUACUCGACGCACGCACUGAGCAUACCGGUGAGGCUAGGCAUUGACCGAGUCGCCCGGAGCCAAGCCUUCUUCUGGAGCGUGCAGCACGCGAUCUCGAGUUUCGAAUGCGCCAUCUUCCUGGCCAAAUGGCUCUGCUCGCUGCCGAAUCCGCUGCAGGAGGGCUCGUUAUCUCGGUCCGAGCAUCGCAUUCUCCACUGGGUGCGGUGCAUCAUCAGAGAAGCCUACGCCGUGGUCGAUUUCGACGACGCCGAGGAUUUCCACGCAGAGCUCGCUGUACCAACCGAGCCGUUCCCGCUGGGUCUGGCGGUGCUGAAGAUCUGGUGCCGCUUCUUCCGGGGAAACACGCAGUGGCAGUUUGUGGUCAAUUUGGGCCUGAGCCUGGAGCUGUACAUGAAGACGCUGGAGUGA